UAAAUUAAUGUUCCUUCCCUUUCAAUGCAAUCACAUGCUGCCAGUUAUCACUUAGAGUGAACUGGGCUCCUCAGCCUAUGCCUGCGUCAGCUCGAGUACAGUACUUCGGCUGGGUAUAGUUUGCUAACAUUCAUCUUUCGGCGCCUGAGACUGCUACCUCUUUGCUCUCAUCCAUAUAUAGUUUGCUCACGAGCCUUGGGUUUUUUCCACGCCACCAAUUCUACACUCAGUGCUUUCCUCUCAUGUGGAUGUCAUCACGUUGUUGAGUUCGAAACCUUGAGUAUUUGAAUGAAACCAACAAUUUGAGCAAUUUAAUCAUACACAUCCUCCCACAUUUGAUGGAAGAGGAGAUUCAAACGCAACAGAUGAUUGGAUUCAAGGCAUGGAGGAGAUAUUUAGUGUCCUAGAGUGCACAGAUCGGCAGAAACUACGAUUUGCGGCCUUUAAAUUGACUGGAGAAGCUAAGAGGUGGUGGAAUUAUGAGAAAGCCAUUAGGGAAGCUGAGGGGAUAGGAGCAAUUAGCUGGCCUCACUUUAAGCAGAAUUUCUUUGACCAUUUCUUCCCUAAAGUAGACACGGAAGCUAGAUCUCGAGAGUUCACCAACUUAGUGCAGGGGACCAUGACUGUGCACCAGUAUGCUAUAAGAUUUGUGGAAUUAUCACGCUUUGCCUCAUACUUGAUUCCUGAUGAGGAGAAGAAGGCUAGGAAGUUUGAGGAGGGUUUGAAUUAGAAGAUAUAUGAAUGGGUGAUGGUCCUACAGAUUCAGAGUUUUUCAGAGUUAGUGCAUAAGGCAAUGUUGGUUGAGCAAAAUCUUAAGAGAAGUGCUGAGUUGCAAGAACAGAGAAAGAUAGCUACUCCACAAGGAUUCGCUAGUAUGGAUCAAAGGCCAUGGAAGAAGAGAAAUGAGGGAAGCAGCUCAAGUCAAAGGCAAAUACAUGGAAAUCAACCAUAUAACUUCUAUAAGUUUUGUAACCAUGCAUUCAUGGGAGAGUGCAAAAGAGGUGUGGAGUCGUGCUUUCGAUGCGGUAAGACUGGGCACUUCAUUAGAGAAUGCCCAUUACUAUUUGAAGACAACAAUAAGCAAAACCCACCUCCAAGACCUCGACAGAUGAUUCAGGGAAACAAUCAGCAUAGAAUGGGACCGGCUAGAGUGUUUGCCUUGACACCUGGAGAUGUUGAGGACGACAACAAUGCUAUCAAAGUUAAAGCUUGGGACACAAACUUGAAUAUUGUACCAGAGCCAAGGACCUUUCCAUACACCAUGGAUAAUGUAGUGCUGCGCUUUGGAAAUCUGGUUUCGAGGGAUAAUUUUUCUGUGCUCUGGAAGCAGGAAGGUGUCUUUGGGAAAUUUGAUUUCAAGAUGAGAAGAUUGUAUUUCUUUUUUUCCCAUCUUUCCGUAGAGUACAAGUUUGAAAUCUCUUAUGAGAACAUUUUGAAGAUUGAGCUAUAUCCUUCACGUGGUCAAGCAACAAAGUUUCUUCUCAUCCAGUUACUUGGAUCUCCAAGGAUUUUUGAGAAAGAUGUAUCUGAUGGUCAACGUUUUGAGUGGAUGCGAGGAGUUGAUUUCACUCCAUCCGGCUGCAUUGGCCAAUCUUAUGCUCUAUGUUUGGAGCUUCCAAAUAAGCUCCGGCUUCCGGAAUUACACCUUGAUUUUGUCCAUUAUAAAGAAAAUGAAGACCAACUUGAAUUGAUGGAAGGUUCUCCUUUCUCAUGCAGUUCAGGUCCUGUGCCCAUUGUGAAUCCACCCACAGGCUUUGAGCUGCCAUAUAAUAUCUUAUUUAAGAUCAACUGCUUAAUUCAGCAUGGGUGUGUUCCUGGGCCAGCAAUUGAUGAUGAUUUUUAUCGGUUGGUCGAUCCUAAGAGAAUCAAAGUUGAGCACAUAGAAUUUGCCCUGGACAAACUCUUUCAUCUAAAAGAUUGCUGCUAUGAACCUGUGAAAUGGCUCAAGGAGCAGUACAAUGGAUAUGCCACAUCCUCAGGACUUCCUAGAACUGCUGCUAUUUCUUUGGAUGAUGGGCUCGUAUACGUACGCAGGGUUCAAAUUACUCCAUCUAAAAUCUACUUCUUUGGUCCAGGGGUGAAUCUCUCCAACAGGGUCUUGCGCAAUUAUCCUGAAGAUAUUGAUAAUUUUCUGCGUGUUUCUUUUGUUGAUGAGUAUUUGGAUAAACUUCGAUCAAUAGCUUUAUCUUUACGAGCAUCUUCUACAAAUGAGGGCAAGCGAACAAGAGUUUAUGAGAGGAUAAUAUCCACUUUAAGAAAUGGCAUAGUUAUUGGUGAUAAGAAGUUUGAAUUUCUUGCCCUUUCAUCCAAUCAUGCACGGGAUAAUUCUGUUUGGAUGUUUGCUUCAAGACCUGGUUUGACUGCAGCAGAUAUUAGAGAGUGGAUGGGUGAUUUUCAAGAUAUCAGAGAUGUGGCAAAAUAUGUUUCCGGACUCAGCCAAUCUGUUUGCGAGUCUAGAGAAACUACCAGUGUUGGUAGAGAUGAAAUUGAAGUUAUUCCCGAUAUAGAAGUUAAUCGCUGGGAAGCCGAAUACUGUUUCUCAGAUGGCGUUGGGAAGGUAUCUGAAGAAUUGGCUUGCAAAGUGGCAACAAAGUUAGGCUGCAACUUUGUUCCAUCAGCAUUUCAAAUUCGAUAUGGUGGGUACAGAGGUGUGGUGGCUGUUGAUCCGACAUCAUCGGUGAAGUUGUCAUUGAGAAAGAGCAUGUUCAGAUACAAAUCGCUUGACACAAAACUCAGUGUUGUGGCAUGGAGCAACUUUCAGCCUUGUUUUCUAAAUCGCCAGAUAAUCACUCUUUUGUCUAACCUUGGAGUGAAGGAUGAAGUUUUUCAAAAAAGGCAAAGAGAGGCUAUAGAUCUACUUAAUGCCAUGUUAACAAAUCCGUUGAGAGCACAAGAGGCAUUGGAGAUGAUGUUUUCAGAAGACAUCACAAAAGUUUUGAAGGACAUGCUUGUAUGUGAUUAUAAGCCAGAUGCAGAACCGUUUCUUUCAAUGAUGCUUCAAGCAUUCCAUGCAUCUAAGUUGAUGGACUUGAGGUUUAGAACUGAAAUUUUUGUUCCGAAUGGAAGAUAUAUGAUGGGAUGCCUAGAUGAAACCAGAACAUUGGAAUAUGGUCAAGUCUUUCUGCAAAUUUCUCGCUUUAGUAGACAGCUUUCUAACCAGUCAUCCCAUAUGUUUACUACCAGCAGUUCAAACCCAAAUAACUACGUCCUUGAAGGUGAGGUGGUUAUUGCUAGAAACCGUCCUCUACACCCAGGAGAUGUGAGAGUCCUGAAAGCUGUUAAUGUGCCAGCUCUACACCACAUGGUGGAUUGUGUUGUUUUUCCACAAAAGGGAAAGAGACCUCAUCCAAAUGAAUCUUCGGGAAGUAAUUUGGACGGAGACAUGUACUUUGUCUCUUGGGACCAUGAUCUUAUUCCUCCUCUUCAAGUUCAGCCAAUGGAAUAUAUUGCAUCACCAACCACGCAAAUUGAUCAUGAUGUUACAAUAAAGGAAGUAGAGGAGUAUUUCACUAACCAUAUGAUCAAAGACAACUUAGGAAUCAUUAGAACGGUCCACACCGUUUUUGCAGACAGGGUGCCCCAUAGGGUAAUGAGCCAUGAAUGUAUAGAGCUUGCCAAGCUAUACUCAAUCGCCAUCAACUUCCCAAAAACUGGUAUUGCAGCCGAAAUACCUCCUCAUCUAUACAUCAAAGAGUAUCCUGAUUUCAUGGAAAAGCCUAAUAAACGUACCUACAGAUCGAGAUCUGUUAUCGGAAAGCUUUUUCAAGAAGUAAAAGCCAUUGCACCGCACACAAGUUCUGUGAAAGCCUUCACUUUGGAAUCAGCAAAGCUGCAUUAUGACCCUGACAUGGAAGUAGACGGCUUUGAGGACUUCCUCAGUGAUGCUUUCAGAAACAAAAGUGAGUAUGAUUACAAGUUGGGGAACUUGAUGGAUUAUUACGGGAUCAAAACUGAAGCUGAAAUUCUCAGUGGCAAUAUUUUGAAAAUGUCAAAACAUUUUGAUGGGAAGAUUGAUCUGGAUGCAAUUAAAUAUGCUGUAAAGCUGUUAAGAAUGGAAGCCAGGACCUGGUUCAACGAGGGAAGUGAUGCAGACAAUACUGAUAAUGCAAAAGCAAAAGCAAAAGCAUCGGCAUGGUAUCAUGUCACAUAUCAUUAUACGUACUGGGGUCGCUACAAUGAGGGAAUGAAUGGAGCUCAUUUCCUUAGUUUUGCAUGGUGCGUCUAUGAUCAUCUUAUGCAAAUCAAGAGGGAUAAAUUGAGCGUAAAGGCUUUACAUUUGCCAUCGCCGGAGCAUCAAUUCAGUCAAUGAUUUCAUUUUUUUCAAUAACUUACAUGAAUGUGACAGCAGUUUGAUAAGACUACUAUAUUACCUUUGCUUUGUACUGUUACUAGAGAAUAUGUUCUAGUUUCUAUUGUAUUAUCUUUUUAUGAUUUUGUAACCAUUGUGAGAAUAUCUUGGUCUAACUUCAUUCAAAGUCUUUUCUUAAA